UGAAGAAGGUGGAGACAGAUUAUGCGAGUUUUUAAACUGCAUGCAUUUCACUUAUUGGAGUGUAACUAACUUUAUGCAGCCAUGAUUAUUUCCACAAAUCGUUUGCUUGUGCGGUUUAAGUCGUUUUAACGCAAAUACCAAACUCCUGAUCCGUCUGAAAGUUUUAGCUGUGUGGAAAUACAGGAUAAGAGGAAGUCAUAAAUCUACGAAAAUGCAUUUGAUUGCAUAUCGCAAAGGUCUUUUAAACGGAUGUUGCCUGAAUAAAAUUUGCACAAAUACAAUAUUCAGGCGUGGACCAUGGCUACAGAUGUGGAGAUCCAAUAAGACAUCAGCACCGAAAAACUUCAAAAAUUAUGAGAACACGAGACAAACUCACAACCCUCAAGUUCCUCUGCAUUUUAAUUUCGCUAAAGACGUGCUCGAGCAGUGGGAAACUAAAGAAAAGGAUGGACAGAAGUCUUCUCUUCCAGCUCUGUGGUGGGUGAAUGAUGAAGAGGAGGUCAGAUGGAGUUUUGAAGAACUGGGGUUUCACUCCAGAAGACUGGCGAACGUUCUGUGUCAGGUGUGCGGUUUGGAGAGAGGGGAUCGCGUCUUUCUCAUUUUACCCAGAGUCCCAGAGUGGUGGUUGGUCAAUGUAGCGUGUCUGAGAAGCGGUACUGUCCUCAUCCCUGGCACCUCUCAGCUCACGGCUCGAGACAUCCGCCACAGGCUGCAGGUCUCAGGAGCAAAGUGUGUGAUCACGGAUGAAACCGUGGCUCCGCUGCUGGAAUCGGUGGCUUCGGAUUGCCCGACCAUUACUUCAAAACUUCUGGUGUCCCACAGGGCCAGACACGGCUGGGGCAACCUGACGCAACUUAUGGGAGCAGUGUCAGAUGAGCAUGUUUGCGUGGACACCAGGAGCGAGGAGCCCAUGACUAUCUUCUUCACCAGUGGCACAACCGGCUCCCCCAAAAUGACCCAACACAGCCACUGUAGUUAUGGCAUCGGGCUCACAGUGAAUGGAAGAUACUGGCUGGAUCUGACCGAACGGGAUGUUUUCUGGAACACGUCGGACACGGGCUGGGCCAAAUCAGCAUGGAGCAGCGUGUUUGCUUCAUGGAUCCAGGGAGCGUGCGUAUUUAUUCACCAAAUGCCACGAUUUGACAUCAGUACAGUAUUGAGGACUCUGUCCAGCUUUCCCAUCACAACCUUCUGCACGGCACCAACAGCCUAUCGGAUGCUUGUACAUGAGGACAAAUCCAGGUUUCAGUUUCAGGCUCUUGAACACUGCCUGUGUGCGGGCGAGCCCUUAAACCCUGAGGUGAUGUGGAAGUGGAAGGAGCUCACUGGACUGAACAUCUAUGAAGGAUAUGGACAGACGGAGACUGUGUUAAUAGCAGGCACAUUCAAGGGCAUGAAGAUCAAACCAGGGUCUUUUGGAAAGGCCUCACCGGCAUAUGAUGUUCAGGUGGUGGAUGACGAUGGUGUCAUUUUACCACAAGGACAAGAAGGAAACCUGGCCAUUAGAGUAAAACCACACAGACCAUUCUCUCUCUUUACAGAGUAUACGGGGGAGCCAGAGCGCACAGCAGAAUGUUUCCGUGGUGAUUUCUACCUGACAGGUGACCGAGGAUUGAUGGAUGAUGAAGAAUACCUGUGGUUCGUCGGCAGAGCUGAUGAUGUCAUCUUGUCUGCAGGGUAUCGCAUCGGCCCAUUUGAGGUUGAAAACGCUCUGAUAGAACAUCCAGCCGUAGCAGAAUCUGCUGUGGUCAGCAGUCCUGAUCCGAUUCGAGGAGAGGUGGUGAAGGCAUUCGUAGUUCUGACAGCAGAUUUUAAAUCGAGAGACCGUAAAGAACUGAUCCAGGAACUGCAGAUACAUGUGAAGAGCGUCACAGCUCCCUAUAAAUAUCCACGCAAGAUUGAGUUCGUGGAUGAUCUUCCCAAGACGGUAAGCGGGAAAAUAAGGCGCGUGGAGUUAAGAAAGAAGGAAUGGGAGCGGAAGACAAGCUAAAAUCCUACCCGAAUAUUUUGACUAUAAGACAUCAUUCAUCAUAUGUGUCACUCCCAAAUGUCUUUCAGCGUUAAAAAAGGCUUCAUCUUAAGCUUUAUAUUAAUGAUAAAGAUGUAGAUUCCCAGACAGGGUUUAGGCCAUAGUUAUAUUAGAACAUUUAAGUCGUUUUUACAAACAAACCUUAACUCUUUCCCCGCAACAUUUGCUUAAAAAACGUGUUCCUGAUUAAUUUUUAUGUUAAUCUGCAAUACUGCGAUUAUCCACUAGAUGGCGCAUUUACCCAAUUAAUGAAAAAACAAGCCAAAACUUUAUUUUCUAAUUUUAAACUCUGUGUUUGUUUUGAUAAUCGUUCUGAAUCUGAAUCUCUAACAAAAUUCCUUCACAAAAAUGCAAUUAUUUCAGCUUUUUGCAAA